GGGAAAAGUCUUCUCUAUGUUACUGCGGGGCCCACCAACGUUCUGGUUGCAGAAUAAAUAGCCUCUCUCGCACAGACAGCACCGUUUUCCCUCCAAAUCUCUUCCUUUUCCCUCUCACUCUGCUCCAACCACUUUCUCUGGAUCUUCCUCACACAGAUUUUCAGUCACUUCAUUUCCACUUCCAAAUCCUAUCAUCGUAUUUAGUGCUUCGUAUUUCUCAUCAAAAUGGUUCAGACCAAAACCACUCCGAACCCCUCUAAAGCCGACGCCAUCCACCCACUCACGCCGGCAAAAACCCACGAACCUUCAUCCGUUUCUACCUCUCCCCCUUUCCCCCGCCGCAGCCUCCGUCUCGCCUCUCUCUCCGACGCCUCCCCCGCCGCUAGGGUUUCCGCCGCCUCCAACCGCCAGACCUUUCUUAACUUAAGAUCGGGAAAGAGAGUUCUCAAGAGAGCGAUGACAGACGACGCAGAGGAACAAGGCAAUGACGCAAACGAUGAAACUGAUCAUGUUGCAGUGGCGGUUGAUGUCAAUGUCACCGCGCCAGAAACUACAACAACGGAAAACUCAGCCGUCGAUGUCAAUAUUGUAGCAGAUGAUUCCGGUGUUGGGGUUUCCACCCGGAGCCGGAAGCGCAAUAGAGACUCAACCGGUUUCGAACACGAGGAGUUUCUCUACUUAAGGUCGGGAAAGAAGACUUUAAAGAGAACACUCAAUUUCUAUUCCAGAGAACAAGUUAUUAACGCAGAUGAUGAUGAUGAUGCUGAUAAUGAUGACGACGACGAUGGUGGUGUGGCAGUGGCGGUUGAUGGUGACGUGACAACACCGGAAUCCAGAACGGAGAACUCCGGUGUGAAUAAUGCACCUGCGCGAGUUCGAGAGCGUUCUAGAAACUCCAAUGCAACGGAGCGCCGUUCCGGUUUGAGGAGGAACGAUCAUAUGGAGCGCUUCCACGACAUUGCGCGGGAAAACGCGUCGCGGUUUGCGUUCUUCGCACCGGAAGAGGAAGAUGGUGACCGGUGGCCGCCGGUUCCCGAAGCGGCGCGUGAGGAAAUUGAGGACUGGCCCGGUCCUUUCUCCACGGCUAUGAAAAUCAUCAGAGACCGAGGGAUGAAUGUUCAGAACGCUCAAACAAGUUCGCAGACGAACUUGUGUGAAUCUAUUAAGUGGGUUCCCAAUGCGAAGAAAGGGGAUUUGGGCAUUUUAUCGGUUCCUUCGUUGCAAGAUAUGUGCUUAAAGAUUCUUGUGAAGAAUGUUGACGCGAUUGCAUCGCUCGAGAGUGUGCCUGAUGCGCUGAGGCACCGGCUUAGUCAGUUGCUCUGUGACUCGAGGAGAAUUAACGGUCACUUUCUGGAGCUUCUUGUGCGUGGAACUCCCACGGAGAUUCGGUUAAGGGACUGCUCGUGGUUGACUGAGGAACAGUUUACGGAGUGUUUUCGAAUGUGUAACACGGAGAAUUUGUUGGUACUGCAACUUGACCAGUGUGGGCGAUGUUUGCCUGAUUUUGUAGUAGUUGCGACUUUGGCACGGUCACCUAGGAAUUUGGUUAGAUUAACUACUCUAUCACUCCGUGGUGCAUGCCGACUUUCAGAUGGAGGUUUACGUGCGCUCGUUUCUUCAGCUCCUGCUCUUAGGUCGAUAAAUCUCAGCCAGUGCUCCCUUCUCACAUCUGCUAGUAUAUAUAUUUUGGCUGAAUCAUUAAGACAUCUUCUGAAAGAGUUGUUCCUUGAUGAUUGCCAAUGCAUUGAUGCUGCACUAAUUGUGCCAGCACUAAUUGAGUUUGAACAUUUAGAAGUGUUGUCAGUGGCUGGUAUUCAAACUGUGUGUGAUGAAUUUGUCAAGAAUUAUAUUGUUGCACGUGGCCAAAACAUGAAAGAGCUUGUUUUGAAGGACUGUAUAAACUUGACCGAUUCAUCAAUCAAAGUUAUUGUUGAGCAUUGUCCGGGAUUGCAGGUGCUUGAUCUUAUGAACCUGAACAGAUUAACAGAUUUAUCCGUUGGAUAUCUUACCAAUAGUUGCCGCGUACUUCAUACCCUGAAGCUUUGCCGAAAUCCAUUCAGUGAUGAAGCAAUUGCUGCAUUUGUGGAAACCACAGGAGGGUCCCUGAAGGAACUGUCACUUAAUAACAUCAAGAAGGUUGGUUACCACACAACCUUAUCACUUGCAAACCAUGCGAAAAAUCUGCACUCUCUAGAUUUAUCUUGGUGCAGAAAUUUGACAGACAAUGCACUGGGUUUGAUUGUGGAUAGCUGCUUGGCCCUGAGGUUACUCAAACUUUUUGGAUGCACUCAGGUAACAGAUGCAUUUCUUAAUGGUCACUCAAACCUACAGAUGCAGAUAAUUGGUUUAAAAAUGUCUCCGGUUUUAGAACAUGUCAAAGUUCCAGAUCCUCAUCAGGGUGCUUUGAAUUAUUCAUCAGUCUCUUGGGAUUUGGUAUAAAAUUAGUAUCAAAAUCAAAAUAUAGUGGCAGGCAUAUUAUAUCAUAACUAAGCCUACGAAGAUAUUUCAAGUAGAUCUUUUUUGCCAAGCCUAUAUAGUUUUGAGACUGGAGUGGAAGAUUUGCAUCUAAUGUAAGUGCCCGGAGUUCGUGGAGCAUUACCUUUUCUCAGGAUUGUUUUCAUCAUCAGUCCACGUUCUGCUAGGGGCAUGACAUUAUCUGUAUAUCUGUUAAAUCCUUAACUAAUGCUCAGUAUUUAAUAUUUAAUUUCAGCCUUAUGCAUUUUGCAAAUUCGCGAAUUGUCAAA